ACUGUUCUCCUGUGGACAGUGUUUGCUUGUGCCCGAGCUGUAUGCAGGCCUUCUCUCUCAAUGAGAGCAAAGACAGAAGGAGACUGAGUGAGAGGAGGAGAAUGGGGAGCAUGACCUAUAGGAAUCACAACUAAGAGACCAAGCUGGGUCGUUACCUGCACCUCCUGGGCUGCUGACUGAACUCACUGACACAGAUCUUUUAGCUUGUUUGUUGAUAGAGAGAGGAGGAACCAUGGGACCUGGAACAUGGAGCAUAUUUUUCCUGUUUUGCCUGUCUUUCUGCGGAAACAGCCAAGCCCUCACAAAGCACCCCAUCCUCUCCAGGAUACGAAGGGCUCCAGUGGCCAAUGGAGAAAGCAACAAGUGCUCCUACACCUUCCUGGUCCCUGAGCAGAAGAUCACAGGACCCAUCUGUGCCGCCCGCGGUUAUUCAACCGACAAGGACCGAGUGACGCGCCUGGAUGUGGCUUCAGUGCGUGACCUUCUGUCGAAGCAGCGCGGGGAGAUGGAGAUCCUGAAGCUGGUGGUGGAUGUGGACGGCAACUUGGUGAAUGAGAUGAAGCUGUUGAGGAAAGAGAGCAGGAACAUGAACUCUCGAGUCACCCAGCUCUACAUGCAACUGCUGCACGAGAUCAUCAGGAAGAGGGACAAUUCACUGGAGUUGGCGCAGCUGGAGACGCGCAUCCUCAACGCCACCACCGAGUCACUGCGCCUGGGAUCCAGGUACAGGGAACUGGAGGCCAAAUACGCAGCCCUGUCUGCAGUAGUGAACAACCAGUCAGUGCUGAUUGGAGCCCUGGAGGAGCGUUGUAUGCAGGUGUACAGCCGCAGGCAUGACCAGCCACCCCUGGGGCCUCCACUUGUACAGGUGGUGCCCGAGAACAUUCCUGUUCACGUGCCGCGUUUCACCAAUGAGAUCCAGAGGGUCAAUACCCGAGGCUUUGCCCGGGAAAGGGGCUCUCGCUCAGGUGUGUCCCCCACAAGUGGAACCCUGGAAGUUCAGAAACCUCCACAUAGAAACUUCAGUGCCGAAGGCCCCUUCAGAGACUGUCUUGCAGCGCAGGAAGCUGGCCACAGCACCAGCGGCAUGUACCUGAUCCGACCAGACGAAGCAGAGAGGCCCAUCCAGGCCUGGUGUGAACAGGAUAUAGACAACGGGGGCUGGACCGUCAUCCAGAGCAGGAGAGACGGCUCUGUUAACUUCUUCAGGAACUGGGAUAGCUACAAGAGCGGCUUUGGCAACAUAGACGGGGAAUACUGGCUCGGUCUGGAAGGCAUCUACAACCUAGGGAGGCAGGAGAACUACAAGCUGCUGGUGGAGAUGGAGGACUGGAUGAACAAGAAGGUCUACGCUCAGUACAGCAGCUUCCAUUUAGAGCCUGAGAGCGUGGGCUACCGCCUGCGGCUGGGCACCUACAUGGGGAACGCCGGGGACUCCCUGAGCAGCCACAACGGCAAACAGUUCACGACUCUGGAUCGAGACAAGGACGCAUUCUCAGGUAACUGUGCCCAUUUCCACAAAGGAGGCUGGUGGUACAACGCUUGCGGCCAAGCCAAUCUUAACGGUGUCUGGUACACCGGAGGCGUUUACCGCAGCAAAUUCCAAGAUGGGAUCUUCUGGGCGGACUACGGCGGAGGCUUCUACUCUAUGAAGUCUGUCCGUAUGCUGAUCAGGCCCAUUGACUGAGGAGAUACUGUAAGCCCGGCUGGUCCAGGGGUAACUGGGGAGGCCAGGGGCGAACUUGAACCUCAUUCUGUGACUAUAUGUCAUCAGCAAUUAGUUGAUCCUUGACAGAAGAACUACAACCAACGGAGAUUACCAAACACCAAGUGACUUGAACUGCCUCCUGUUACCAACAUGAACUCUGCUUGAAUUUUUGUUCUCUUUAUAGCAUAAUAGAUACACAUAGAGUGAUUUAUUUUAGGGGACAUAAUGACUGUUUAAUAACCAAAUACAUUAUGUUGAAGGGAUCAUUAUGGCCAUUUUGCAGCUGAAUAAUGCAACCUGUCAAUCUGAUUAGGAGGCUGCAGUGUUUUCCUCAUUAAUAGGUCAACCUGUUGAGCCAAGCUGCCACAUCCUAACAGAGCGUCACUGGUAUUGAUGUCAUUCAUAAGCUUCAUGAUAACAGGAUCUAAAUGCAGCUCUUCCUACCUCGCCAAGAUAUACGUGUGGGUUAAAUGCUCAUACAUGGUAUUUAACUUGUGCUAUGAGCUGGAAAAUACAUUUUGUUAAUACCUAUAUUGAUCUUUUUAGACUCCAUAUCCAUUACCAGAUCUAAAAAGAAAAGACCAACCUCAUAAGGCGUUGGAGAAAGGGAGGUGGUUUUAAGAUUUAGCAUAUGUACAUUUGUAUUACACAAAAACAAUCUCUCUUUCUGCACUUGAAAUGACCUUUAUACUGAAAACCAGAAAUGAUUAUUUAUGUGUUUAAUUAACUUAUCAUAACAGUGAAAAGGGCCAGGUGUCCUGAGGGAACAGUAACCGAUCCUAUAGAAAAUAUAACUCAUUUCCUCCACUGUAUAAACGACAAUCAUUCUCAAGUGUGCUUGCACAUAUGGAAAUUGCUGUUGUAUGUUUUUCUCGUUUGGCUGUUGAUUAAAUAUCAGUAUGACUCUUGGAAAAUCAA